UGGUGGAGCAACACCUCGUGGUCGUGAAAAAACACCGCGGUUUUGCGUACGAUGCUUCUGAAAGGUAAUAUAGGUUAUAAUCAGCCUCCACCUGGCAGUCUGUGUUCCAUGAUUUUAAUACUGCGUUUACAAAACUCAGUAAAUAUUUUUGAGCCCUUAUAUAGCCGCCUAUUGUAAAGAGUAAUGGGGUAAUAAGACGCUGGAAACUCGUCGGUGCUCUCUGCCUGGAGGCGGUUGGGGGCGUGCUCCAUGCACUCCAAGCGAGAGGUUGUCAUCCAUAAUUUAGUCCCAACCCAAGCAAGGCGAGCAGGCUGGUACUCUUCCGCUCUUCCUCGGACAGACGCUCAGCCUGGUUGUCACACGUUUUUAGCGCUCUGUGGCAGGCGACUGGUGAAUUCCGCGGGUGGAACGCUGGUGACAAAGAGACAGUCGUCUUUCAACGGCGGACGUAAACAUUGCCAUGUCCUGAAUGCUUCCUGCACCACCGCCUCGUUCCGUGCACCGCUCCAGGACAGGGGGGAAGGGGUCGGGGGCUCUUGUUGGGGUGGCUGAGAUGAGAACACGGCAGCAACGACAACACAUCGUUCCCGGAGGUAAAUCAAGGCGAAGACGCGGUGAAGUUGUGUUUGGGACAGGAGACUGCGGCUGGCUUCAGUUCUUCUGUGUGACUGCACACAGCACCAUGGGGGGCAAACAGACCAAGGGACACGAUGCUGGAGGAACCAGCCCUCAGCACAGCUGGAGGCGCACCCCCACCAAGGAGCGAGGGGACCUGUUUGCAUCCCUCAUGCUGAGGUCAGGGGACAGGCUGAGCCGCGGUGUUACCCCACCGCCUUACCAGCGGCGAAUCGGAAUGAUCCAGGAGAUGAUGUUGAUGGCCAAGCAGGGCAAACACGACGAGGCUACAGAGAUGCUGAGGACACUACGGCAGGACCUGGGCAUGGAAUCGACAUCUCUGGACGAUGUAUUAUACCGCUACGCCAGCUUUAGAAACCUUGUCGACCCCAUCACACAUGACCUGAUCAUCAGCCUGGCACGAUAUGUACACUGCCCAAAGACGGAGGGUGACUCUCUGGGGGCCAUGGAGAAGGUUUGUCGUCAGCUGACCUACCACCUCAGCCCUCACUCUCAGUGGAGGAGACAAGGGCUGCUCAAGCGGAAACCCCAAGCAUGUUUGAAGGCGGUGCUGUCCACACCUCCAUCCAGCGGGGCGCUGGAUCUGUCCGGUAUCCCUCUGGUAGCUCGCGACAUGGAACGUCUGUGUGCACACCUCCAGCACCACGCUUCCACAGUAGUAAGCUUGGAGCUGGGCUUCACUGAGUUGACCGAUGAAGCCUUCCUCCUGCUCCUGCCCACCCUGGCUGCCCUACCUCACCUGGAGACGCUGGCAAUGAACGGAAACCGCCUGACCAGGACUAUUCUGAAGGAGCUGACAGAUGCCUUAAAGGAUCCCAAUAGUUUCCCAAGUGUGACAUGGAUCGACCUGGGAAACAAUGUGGACAUUUUCUCCCUGCCUCAGCCUUUCCUGGUCAGCCUAAGGAAGCGCUGUCCAAAGCAGGGCAACCUGCCCACCAUCCUGGAGUUCGGCGAGAGUCAGGCCAGCGAGCCCCCUGAAAGGCUGAAAGUCAUCGGUGAAGAUGAGGAGACCGAUGACACCAACAGGACUGAAAGCAUGGGGGAGCUGCGGUCCGAGGUGGAGGAGGAACUGGACGGUGAGCUGGAGAUAGAGGAGAUGAUGGAGGAGCUACUGGACUUCGAUAGGGAGGUGCAAGGGAAGGAGGAUGAAGACGAGAGCAUGUGGACCGUCGAGGAGCAGAGGAAAGCCAAGAGGAUGAUGAUACGUGAAGAAGAGUUAGACAGGAAAGAGAGGCCGGGCCGAUUGGCAGUGAUGGCGCAGGAUGAGGAUGACACACAGAGCCGCUCCUCCCCAUUGUCUUGCUCCAGCCCGUCACAGCACUCCUCCGCAGCUGCCGAGCCAACGAGAGCAGAGGAGGAUGAUUUUGACAACGUGACUGACCAAUCAGAGCAUUUGACCUGAUUGCUGUUCUUUUCUCAUCUCUGCUGAAAAUAUUUCUCCUGCCGUGUCAAGGUACACUCGUGGCAGGAAGCAAGGGAAGACUUGCUCCCAGUUUGAACAAGUCAGAUUUAACCAGAUAAACCAAGGUGGCAAACUAUUAGUUGACAAGUGUGCGGACAGGAUUUGUCAGUUACAAAUUACCUUGGCAGGCUAAUGCAUAAAACCACUCGGUAAUUAAUAAGCUAUUUAUUGCAACUCAUCCUGUUUGGAGUUUGAGUCAGGACCUUCUCGUAACGUCAUUGUACCUUCAUGUGCCUGGAAUAUACCCCGUUAAUGGAUGUCUGUCGUGAGAGGUUAAAAAAAUGUCAGUCAGGCUCUUUAAAAAACUGUUGAAAGGGCCACCCAUCUGAAAUCAACAGAAAACCAGAUAGAUGAGGAAGAGUAAGAGACUCAAAUGUUAAAGUUAGUCUCAAUAGGGGGGACGUUAGCAGAUAAAUGAAUAGAAAGACGUAAAAAGCUGAUUUGUUUACUGUCCUCUGCUGACAGUUUAUAUUGACUUGCGCUAUGAUCACAUCGAUGCAUGCUAUCGUCUGUAAACAAAUUGAUUUUUGCACCUAUUUGACUUGAUUUCAGUUCUUGAGUCAAUUAACUCAUUCACUCCCAAUGUCUUUUCAGACUUGGUCUAGAAUUGGCUGGUACUGAAUGAGUUAAUAGCUUACAAAAAACUAACACAAGUACACGUGGGCUGAUGUUAGGUUUGUAUGGUCAUUUAGUAGUCUGCUUUGGAAUACUAGUGACUGUGGACGUAAACAGGGAUGAGAUCCCAUCUCGACUCUUAAAUAGGAAAAUAACACGGACAGUUGUUGUGCCGAUUGUAAUACUUCCCAAUAUUAAUCAUUCUAAUACGAGCUGCUCCCCGCUCUGGUACAAUUAAAUUGAGACAGAUAAUAAUAAUAAUAAUAAUACAUUUUUUUGCUCAUUUUCAAACAUAUAUGUAUGUUUAUUUGUAUUUGGUAGAUUAUUUCUAUUGUAGCAAGACUGCUUGUCCAUACAUUUCCAUUGAGCAUUCUGUGCCCCAUUUUAAGGAAAAUGGAUGGGAUGACCAGCGCAACAGAGAAUGUACAUUGCAAUGUAAAAGGUGCCAAGUUUUUACUCUCUGCUGAUUUUAAGGAAAACAAACCAGCUUUCAUACAGUAUGAAACAGUGAUUCUUAACCUUCUUAGAGGUACCGAACCCAACCAGUUAGUAUGCACAUUCACCGAAAGAACCCUUCAAUCAGUGAAAAAGAAAGAAAUAUUUUUUUUACAAAUUCAAGAUAUUAAAAAAAAAACAUUUGUUAAAAACAGUAAAAAAUCUAUACAAUUUCAAGAGAUAAGUAUACCUUUUUUUAUUGUAUGACGUACUAUCACGACAGUCACUCGUUGACGACUAUGCUAACAAAAUUUCCCACAGCACUAAUUGGGCAACCAAUGUCAUGUGAUCAGCUGCAGCAAGUAAUGGCCAAGCGGCGUGUCAUAACUAAUUCACAUGUUGAGUUGGGUGUCUCUUACCCUACAUAGCAGAGGCUCCGUCAAACCCCUGAGACCUAUUCAUCGAACCCCAGGGUUCGAUCGAACCCAGGUUAAAAACCACUGGUGUGAAUGAUAGUGAAAAGAAGUAAGUAAGAUAUCCUUUAUUGUCCCACACUGAGGAAAUUUACACUACAAGUGUUGUUACAACAGAGGAAUACAUACCAAAAACACCUCCCUGAGCUUUUUACUCACAUGUUUAUGUUGUAUGUCAGAUGCACACAUUUUAAAUGGACAAUCUCAUCAUCUGUUGGUUUCAGCUUUGUUCACAAGAAUCAGUCGUGAGGUUGAUCUACCGGGAAAAUCAAUGCUGCAAAAAUGAACAUGAGACGAAAACUGUUCAUCUUGGCAUUGUAACAAUGUGAGGCUAUAUUUUAAUUCCCGCUCAUGCAUGCGGACGACGACUAUUGUCAGUAGCAGAUGUUAAUAUGACACCAGCAAAGGUUCUCGAUCUUAAUUGACAUCGUAAGGUCAUGUUUAGAGAAAUGAGAAUCAUGAAUCCAACACAAUAAUAAUAAUAAAUCAUAGUUAGUCCAUUUGAAAUCUGAGGGGUAACCCAUUAUUUUAACCAUUCAAGAUAUUUCAUGUUUUGGAGUAAGUAGAGUACAGGAAUAUUCGCUGUAACAUAGAGACACCUCAAAAAUCCAUCAAGUUCCAUAUACAUUUAGAUAUACAUAUAUAUACAUUUGUUGAAAGCUUUAUGAUACGGCGGAUUGUGCGUUUCCUCUUUUUUGGUGGUUCUUAAGCAAAUGGUGACAAAUAAGUAUUUCCAUGCAAUUCACUUUUCCAUGGGGCUGGAAAAAAAGCCGUACAAGUGCAGUGCUGUACUUGAAUCUAAGUGCAAAGAUUCUUCCCUUUAACGUAAGCCUUGCAACCAUUUUGUGCCCAAAUGUUCUCACACUUAAUCAUCCCAGUGAGCCCUUUAAAACAUAAUUAGAAACAUUUGUGACAAUGUGCAAAUAUCCACGACUGGUCAUUACAUUGCAAAUUUCAGAAGUCAUACCAAACCAUUCAUUGCAUGCAUCCUGAAUAAGUGACACGGGAGACGCUAUGCUCAGGUUUAUUAUUGUUUGUGGAGAUGUGGAUGAGACAGUUGAGAAGUGUUCCCCAUUUAUGCUGCUGUUAAUCAAAUGUCAACCCCUUCUGUUUGCCAGCAUGUCAGCCAGAAAACAGAUAGGUUAAAAUGAGAGGGCUGCACAAGUGUCCUGAGAAAUUUGGGGCCCGGUGCCUUGUGCAAGGACUCCAGCAGUGCUCAGGAAGUGACAUGGCCUCUCUGUAGCAAACGGUUCCUACUUGUUAUUUUUUUUUAAUGGGCCUAAUCCACGAGUAAAAUACUGCCACCCAAAAUAAUUUAAAGAUUAGAAUAGGGUUUUUAUGUUUAUCAGCACUUACAUGUCAGUCUACUGUUGUAGCCACGAAAGUAAUUGCUUGGUGAUUCCCUCUCCCAUGCUGCACUUGGUUCACUCAUUUCACCAAAGUGGCUCAAGGCACAGCAAUUAAAACCACAUUCAUCACCACGGGUAAAAUGACUAGACUAUUUGAAGUCGUGAAAUGACUGAUAUUUUAAUCAAAUGUAGAGGAUAUAUAAAUGAUUUAAGGAAUGGGGAGGGGGGGGGCACAAUGCACUUUAGGUGCACCUGCACAAUCUAACGAGAUCCUACGUGAGAGCUUUAUUAAAAAAUACAACCUCUUCAAUAGUAAUCUUGCUGACUUAUGACUGACACUGUCAUGAAUGAACAAUUUUUUAGGGUCUGGUUUUGAAGUGGUAUGGACCUUGGUGUAGUCCUGAAAACGCAUUUGAUUGCAUAAAAACCGAAUAAAUCGUGUAAAAGUA